AUGGUCCUCGCAAAGAAGCACGUCCCCAUCGUCAAGAAGCGCACCAAGAAGUUCUGGCGCCACCAGUCGGAUCGCUUCAAGUGCGUGCCUGAGUCAUGGCGCAAGCCCAAGGGUAUCGACAACCGUGUCCGUAGACGGUUCAAGAGCAACAUCCCUAUGCCCUCGAUCGGCUACGGCAGCAACAAGAAGACCAAGCACAUGAUGCCCUCCGGCCACAAGGCUUUCCUCGUCCACAACCCCAAGGACGUUGAGCUGCUUCUCAUGCACAACCGCACCUACGCUGCUGAGAUCGCCCACGCCGUCUCCUCCCGCAAGCGUGUCGACAUCCUCGCCAAGGCCAAGGCCCUCGGUGUCAAGGUGACCAACCCCAAGGGCCGUGUCACCACCGAGGCCUAA